AUGCGGUUGCUCUGCCCCGCGGGGAGGCUCCGCCAGCAGCCCCGAGCCGCGGACUGCCGGCCACGCCGUGUCCCCCGAGCCCCCUCCCGGGCUGAUGGGGGCCCAACAGAGCUGAGUGCCCGGUCCGAGCUGGGUGGCCCCAGCAUCUGCCUUCGGCUGCUUGAGAGGAGUUCAGGCAGCUGCGUGUCUCGUAUCUUUUCCAUCUGUAACACAAAGAUAAGGAGCGAGCGUCUGCGAGGCUGUCAGAGCUGCGGGAAAGCAGCAGCCGGCGGGGUCUGCCGCAGCUCUGAUGGAUUGAGCACUUUGCAGCCGGGAGCAGCCCUCCAGAGCGCUCUGAUGCUCGCUGAUGCCUCCACGCUAAGCAGAGGAGCUCGAAGCUCCUGCUGGGUGUGCUGGUCCUGGAGCCUCUGCACUUCCCAAAUGAAGCCACUCGAAGGGACCUCGCUGGGACAGGGGGAGGAGGAGGCGCAGGGACCGGCCCAGGGGCGCCGGCGGCGGCAGCGGCAGAGGACGAGCUGCCGACCCACCCCCUCACCUCGGAGGGAGCAGCAGGCAGAGCUGUCCGGGCUCACCACAUCUCCGGAUGAAGGCAGGAUGAGCAGUCCCCAGGGACACCCAGGCGGGGCUCUGGCCAGCAGCGAGCAGAGCGUGGAGCAAGUCAGCGAGGAGCCAGGCAGGGCCGUGCAGGAGCAGGCUGUGCACCCUGGGGACAGUGACAGGACUAAAGAAGAUGCAGAAACCCUGGAGGAGCCGCUGCUGAGUCUCCCCAGUGAGCUCUCAGUGCUGGACAGACUUGGCUUGCACAGGGUUGCUUUGACCGAGCAGGAUCUGGAGGCAGCCUUUGCCCACCUCGCCCUGGCUUUUCGCUGCGACGUGUUCACCCUGCAGCAACGGGUGCAGGUGGAGAAACGGGCACGGGAUGCAGCAGAGGAAAACAUCCAGGAGGAGCUGGGGCAGUGCCAGGCUGCCCUGGAGAGGCUGGGCCGAUCCUGUGCCAAUGCAGGCUGCAAGGAGACGCUGGAGCAGCUGCAGCACAGCCUGGCCGUGCUGUCAGCGGCCGUUGAGCGGGCAACCAGUGCUGCAGAGAAGCUGGGGGCUGUACACCAGGAGGCCCGGAUGAGCCGGGCAGCAGAGGUGAUGGUCCAGCACGUGGAGAACCUGAAGCGGCACCACACGCGGGAGCACGCGGAGCUGGAGGAGAUGAAGCGCCUGAUCCAGCAGAACUCCCGCAACCGGCAGCUGGCGGAGACCCAGGAUGAUGUGGAGCCACGGCUGAGACCUCACCCCCUGAAGAGAACUUUCCAGCAGGGGUCUGCCCGCCGCAGAGUCAGCAUCGCCGUCAUCCCCAAGCAGCUCUUGCCAGGUGCCAGCCCUGAGAGCCGAGCAGCCCCAGCAGGUGGCCUGGAGCCAGAGGGGGCCCAGCGCUGGCCCAGCAUCCAGAGGAGCGAGCUGGAGCCACAGGGCCAGGACAGCGCCGUGACCGGGAAGCUGGUGGCAGAGGCAGAUGGCAGAGGCUCAAGCACAGGCAACGAGGAGCCAGAGCAGCUUGGGCUGACGUCCAAGGGGUCUGCAGCGGAGCUGUGGCGUCCAUGGCUCUUCUUCCCACAGCACUACUGGGUUUUCUUCUGGCUGCUUCUCCUGAGCAUCGCCUUCCUCCUCCUCGUCCGUGUCCUGGAGCUGCAGCGGCUGCAGUCUGCAGCAUCAUCCAAGGCCUAGCUGGACCAGGGAGGGGGAGCUGAGAGGCAUCUCUGCUCCUUCCCCACGUCCUAAAACACCAAAACACUAGAAUAAUAA